UAUAGAAAAACACACAUGUGAAGAACAAACAUUUCAUUGAACUUCUCCAAUAGAAUUGUAUAACAUCAAUUAUUUCUAUAAUAUCAAUUAUGUUCUUCUUUAGAAGCAUAUUGUUUUUGUGUAUCGUUGGUGUGGGCAUAUCAAUGAUUGCAGUACCAUCAGUUUCAGAUCAACAACUGAGAAUUCGAACUAAAAGGUCACCACAAGGAGGUGGUGGUCGUGGAGGUGGUUUUGGGGGAGGUUUCGGUGGAGGUGGAGGAAGAGGAUUUGGGGGAGGAUUUGGCGGAGGAAGAGGUUUUGGAGGAGGAUUUGGCGGAGGAAGAGGCUUUGGUAGAGGCUUUGGUGGUGGUAGAGGUUUUGGACGAGGAUUUGGAAGAGGAUUUGGAGGUCCCAGAGGAUUCGGAGGACCCAGAGGAUUUGGCAGACCUGGAUUCGGUUUCGGACCCCCUCCACCGCCCUUUGGACUUGGAGGGGCAAUUAUCGUUGUGGAUGACGGAUAUCGACGAUACCGUCGUCCCUACUAUUAUGAUUAUUAGAAUUUAUUAUGUUUUUUAUUUAUUAAUAAAGAUGUUAACCUAA